CUCCUGUUUGACGCUCGAUAACAAACCCGGAAACAGCAACCGUAAAGCGCUUUCUUCUUCUCCUUCUCCUCAGCCCGCUCCGCUGUAUCCAAGCGUGGUAUCCAGCCCGUCGACUCCCGGUUUGACUGCGAGUAUUAAGAGGCUGACAUCUGCUGGUGACCUGGGGCCACCUGCCAGGCCGGGCCUCCCUGCACCUGUCUGACAGUCACACAGCCCCACUGCUGUGAGAAUAUCGGUCCUGUGCUCAGGACAGACUGGUGUCUAUGAGCAAUGAAUUCAUACAGGCAUCAGAUCAGUGGAGCAGAGCAAGAGUGAGGUAUCGUAUCAUGGGGAACCUACUGAAAGUUUUGACAUGCACAGAUCUGGAACAGGAGCCCAAUUUUUUCCUCGAUUUUGAAAAUGCCCAGCCAACAGAUGCAGAGCGAGAGGUGUGGGAGCAGGUUGACGUGGUGCUGAAAGACGCAAAGGAGAUCCUGGAUGAGCUGCAAGCAUACAAGGGAGCGGGACUGGAGAUCAGAGAGGCGAUCCAGAAUCCAACGGACGAGGCAUUACAGGAGCAGGCAUGGUCGGCUGUGGUUCCCUUAGUAGGGAAACUGAAGAAGUUCUAUCAGUUCUCCCAGAGGUUAGAAGCGGCGCUGCACAGCCUCCUGGGAGCUCUAACCAGCGAGACUUUCGACGACCCCACUCAGCACCUGGAGCGGGAGCAGGCACUGGCCAAGCAGUUUGCAGAGAUCCUGCACUUCACACUGCGCUUUGAUGAGCUUAAAAUGACAAAUCCUGCCAUUCAGAAUGACUUCAGUUACUAUAGGAGAACACUGAGCCGCAUGCGGAUCAACAAUGUACCGGCAGAGGGCGAAAAUGAAGUCAACAAUGAACUGGCCAAUCGGAUAUCUCUGUUCUAUGCUGAUGCCACGCCUAUGCUGAAGACAUUAAGUGACAGCACAAGAAAGUUUGUAUCAGAGAAUAAAAAUCUGCCUAUCGAGAACACGACAGACUGCUUAAGCACAAUGGCAACAGUGUGUAAAGUCAUGUUGGAAACACCGGAGUAUCGCAGCCGGUUCACCAGCGAGGAGACAGUGUCCUUCUGUCUCCGGGUCAUGGUCGGGGUCAUCAUCUUGUAUGACUAUGUCCAUCCUGUUGGAGCUUUUGCCAAGUCGUCCAAAAUUGAUAUGAAAGGCUGCAUCAAGGUCCUCAAAGAUCAGCCUCCGAAUAGUGUCGAAGGCCUUCUCAACGCUCUCAGGUACACAACCAAGCAUCUGAAUGAUGAAUCAACCAACAAAACUAUCAAGAGCAUGCUGCAGUAGGACCGAGCUGCUACAACUGCAUGCCUCACACUCUGCUGGGGGGAGAUGCCAUCCUCCUGACUGAUGUUGCUGCAAAGAAUGUUUUUUUCUUUCUUAUUUUUUUGAGGUGCUUUUUUUAUAUUAAAGAGCUACAGCUCCGCCCUCUUUUAUAUUGCAAAAUGCUACUGCCAUUAUGAACGUCUUUUUCUGUGCCAAAAAGAUGUUGCUGUAUUGUUUUCGAUAAAAAGGCCAUGUCAAAAAUGGCAGCUAAUGAAAGCAUUGCAGAUCCUCUGGUGUUUUUAAUAAUGUCUUGUUUUUCCCUAUUUAAGGGACGUGAGUGCUAUGACUUGAACAUUCAAAAGAGAGAUAUAUAUAUAUAGAGAAGUAUAUAUUAUUUUUGUUUGAUUCUUUAUUUAAUAUAUCUUGUGCAUGAUGAAAAUUAUGUUUUUUCCUUGUAUUUAAAAAACUAUUGGUUCAGUUUAAUUAGUUUGCUCUAUUGUGCAUUGUUAAAUGUUUUGUUAUUGAAAAGGUACUGUCAAAAUGAGAUUCAGGAGUACUGUUUUUAUAAUUUUAUAGGCUUUCAUUUGUGCAUAUGACUUUUUUUCAUAGUUGUGUUGUAUUUUUCAUUUAAAAAUUUUAAACUGUGAUGUGUGCAAAAUCGAAUUAAAGUUGGGAGUCUGCUGGAGAAAUUAAAAGGAGAACUCUUGUUUUCUACAAUCA